UUUCAUUGAGGAAAAACUAUUCUAGUAUUUUUUUCUUCUCGACUUCCAUGAUUAAUCGGAACAACCUUUACAAAAUGAAAUACAGUACUUCGUAGAAGUAAUGUAAUACAGUACGUACUCAUACCAAAUGAUACUCGAAGUACGGGAUGUAUGUGAUGGGUGUCGAUUCUGACAYUGUGAAUCUAGCAAGAAUCAACUACAGACACAGUAAACGAAUGAUGGCAUCGGCAUUAUUAUCUCGAUCACGACAGGCAUUUUCAAGAUCCUCCCGGAUACCACGUCCGAAAUUGCAUCCUGCAAGUUCUCCUGCUCUUAUUGCUGUUGCUAACCCAAGAUCUAGUUGCAGCAUUAGGCACACUUCAACGUAUUACGACUCACAGUCCGGUUUGCACCUGCCGGUCCACGACGAAAAGGAAAUCCGGCUUUUUCUCGACGUCACAAACGGUUUCAAUUCAGGAGCUGGGGAUGGCGAUGAAAAAUUACCCUUUCUCCCACACCGAAUGAGCAAGGAUCGAUUUGAAGCGGAGGAAGUGUUGGAAAAAUUGCACCACCUUAUACAACAGGGAAUCCACGGUGUGAUUCUUCCGCCCAUCAAAUUUCCGCGUGACGUUCGAAACCUGCAAACGCUUUCGGUCGUUGCUCCACCAAAUUUUGCGUUCCUAUUGAGUGAUUCUAAUGGAGAGGAAAACCUGAAUGACGGGAAGACCAAUGCCGUCGAAGAUGGUAUUCUCAAACCUCAGGAAAACCCAUCUGACCCGGCAAUUUUCAGCAAGAUUCUGAACUAUACUGGUGGAGAAGAAUCCCAAAAUUCUUUGCAGCGAUGCGUUCAGAAGGGCAUUCACACCACAAUUUCUGUUAAAGAAGACGCCUACGCUGGUGACAACAAUGAGGACAUAAAACCAAUAGCACUAGCGAACAAUAUUGCCACAAUGAUUGAURCCACUGGGGGCUGUGACUACCUAUGGAUUUCUUCAAMAAAUAGAUCGGAGGUUUAUACGUCGAAUAUUUCAGACACUAUUGUGGAAGUUUGUGAAGAAUUGAUCUAUCUUGAUGUUGCUGGUGCGUCUAUCAAGAGCAGGCUGCUCGUGGAUUCCUUGAACAAUGACAUGUUAGAAGAUAUUCUCUUCGCCGGCGYCAAUAAAUACGUCAUUGCAGACAAGGCACAGGGGGAGAUGGUAGAAGAUGCUGCGGAGCAACAGGGAAAGUCAUUGCUCCGAAUAACCGAUACCAAAAUGAAGGAUUUUAAAUACUAUUAGAGCAGACCUUUCGAACCAUAACGGUAUUGGUAUUGGUACCAUACUUGUUCMCAAUUCGU